AGAUCGCAAGAGGAAUACCGGACGGCUUUAAGUCAUUUUGGACUGGUCGGUGAUAUGGCGUUACAGUCAGUGUAUACGUUAUCUGGAGGACAGAAGUCUCGCCUUGCGUUCGCUAACAUUGCUAUGUUGAAGCCAAAUUACCUUAUUCUUGACGAGCCUACCAAUCACUUAGACGUUGAAACAGUUGCAGCUCUUGGAGCCGCUCUGAACCGUUUCUCGGGAGGAGUCGUAUUAGUUUCUCAUGACGAGCAGUUGAUAGAGAUGGUUUGCAAAGAAUUGUGGGUCGUGAAAGACCGAAUGGUGGUCAAUCUUGAAGGUGGUCUUGAGGAGUACCGUAAACAAGUUUACAAACAGCUGCAGUUAAUUAGCUAA